AUGGCGAUCGGAACAAUUUCAUCGUCUGCAUUGCGCUUCGCUGCAGACGUCGGCUCUGGGACAGCUGAUGAGGCUGCCGGUUCAUUUCGAGCACGAGGUGGCUACCCAAUCAGUCAGCCAGCCGAGGAUGAACCGAUCCCUGGCUUUUCGGACGAGCUGCCCUUCAGCAGGACAGAUUCAGGCGAUGCGCCGAGCUGGCAGGUCCUGGAAGUGGACUCGGAAUCCGAAGGGGAGUCGGAGACCCUCAAGUCCAUCAGCGCUGAGAGACCGGCCGAAGGCUCGAAGACAUCGAGCAAGGGCCGACCACGACGCAGAAAAGAGUUCUUCGAUCAUCUCUUGUCGUUUCCGGCAGCACUGAGCCACCUCACCUUUCGACAUGACUUUGCGGCAGCUGUGCUGGGACAGGGUGCAGGGACACUGCGAGGCCGAGUGGAGGUUCUUCGCGGAGGAGUUCUGAAGAGGCCACGCUAUGGCCUCUAUGUGCGCCUGGCACAGGAUGGAGGAGCUUCUGACGAGGUGAUGCUGAUGGCAGCAGAACGCCAGCAGCAACGGACCCUCGGGCCGUACUACGUCAUCUCUGCAAAUGCUCUGGACUUUGAUCGGGAGUCGCCUUGCUUCCUCGGUCGGCUGGCAGGAAAUGCAAUGUGCACCCAGUACCUCCUUCACGGGCAGAGAGCAUCCGGUGCCUUGCGAGAGGAGCUCUGUGCAGUGCGCUUUCGAAAGCCCAGCGAUGCUCCACGAAGCAUGCACGUGGUCCUGCCGAGCAGUUCUUCGGCCGCCUCCUUCUCCACCCGGAGCGGCCAGGAGGGCAUGCUGCUCAACGCAGCAGGAGGCAGCGCCAGUCGUGAAAACGGGCUCAACUACCUGGUCAGUCCGUCAUCUACUUGGGAUGCUGCGAGAAAGGUGUAUCGCAUGAACUUCCACGGACGUGUCCACGCCUCGUCCUCCAAGAACUUCCAGCUUGUUCAGGCUGACAGCAGCUUCAAAGCUGAGCAGCCGGAGAGUUUGGCAAUGCAGUUCGGUCGCAUCGACGACGCCAGUUUUGCGCUGGAUGCGGCCUUUCCGUUGAGCCCCUUGCAGGCCUUUUCCAUCGCCCUCUCCGUUUUCGACAAUCGACUUUACGAAGCCUUGCGCAUCUACUACUGA